GUAUCUACCCCAGCGCUUGGAACAGUGCCUGGCACAUAGUAAGCCUUAGCAAAUGCCAUCAUUAUUAUUUGAGGAAGCUGCCCGGGAAGUUCAAGAGAGCCUAGCAGGGGUGAGUCAGGAGCUGUCCCAAAUCCGGCACCUGCCCCUCCUUCCCGGAGAACACGAGAAAAUGUUUCCAAAUCAAAGGGCCCACCCCAGCCCUCGGUCAUGUGGUUGAUUUAUCCUGAAGUCUUGAGACUGACACCCGGCUUAGUGUGGUGCUCUAAAUCCUCCUCCUUUAGAUCCAGGCUUUAAAGACAGCUUAGAUUUCGUACUGGAAGGCACCGAUUUAGAAACUCGGAAGCAUAUCCGUUUGGAAGAAAUUUCUAACCGUGGGUACUCCUCGUUGGAGGGUUAUCAGCAAGCAGAUCCAGGAAGUUUUAAGCUCCUCUGCUAUAGCAGGCACUGACUCAUUUAUUGCAGGAAAGGCUUCCAGCUGUAUUACCACAGAAAGCAGAAACUUCAGUAAUAGAAGAAUGCUCCAGGGCCAGGAAUCCCUCCAAAGGGGACCGUCUAAAUUACUAGCAUUGUUAACCCAAGUUGCCCGUCAGGAUUUAAGCUGCUCUCUCUCCCUGAAACGUGCAUUCUGAGGGUAUCCUUGCUUCUUCUCAGCCCGGAGCACAGACCUGGACUCUUGACAAUCUAGAACAGCUCGCGUUCUGGCAAACAAACCGAAAAACUGUCGACUCAGUUUCACUCCCCGAGGCAAGAUUGUGCAGAGUAAUGAGGCGUUAUAGCAACCGCAACUUUAAACUUCCUUUCCAUAUUGGACUGACAGAUUUACUUCCAAGGCCAGAUGCCGCUACCUUUCCGAACAGCUAAUGAAACGUAGGAUCUGUAGGAAAAUUCCGUUUUGGCUGGAAAACUAAAAAAUUUCCCACCAAGGUAGGACCAAAUUCAGACCAGAGCAUCGAUAGGAGAAGGAAUACUGUAUCUAGAAAUGGAUGGAACCCAAAAAUGGCAGCCACAACAAUUUAGGGCCCAAGAAAUUCUUCAGUGCCAUUUGAGGUGAAAACCUUUAUUGGUCUCUGCCCCGUAUUUAUGUAAACCAAGUCCUGAACAGGCCUUGGGUUAGUAUUUGCUGGUCGGUGAUUGGACUUAAGCAGAUGCCUGCAUCUAAAGGUUUUUCCCAUUGUAAAGAAGAUGACCCAGUUCCCAGUUGGACUGAACUGAUUUGACUUUACAUUGUGCCAAGAAAGAGAGUGAAGAGUAUAUUAACAAGAAAUCUGAAAUCGGUGUAGAUGUAUAAAUGUCUAAUAGGCUGAACUGUAGUCUAGUAGGACACCAUUGUAUUGGUCAGUAUUUUUAUUUAAAUUUACUGUGUGCAUUAGAGUUACCCCAAAAUUAUAGGAUUAAAUGCCUCGUUUAGUAUGUAAAUUCUGUUAAUAGUUCCAUUGAAAAAAUGGGAGAGUUCUGUCGAGCUUGUACCAGUAGAGACAAGCCCAAAUUCUUCGCUCUCUGUGAUAAAUUGAGACAUUCCUCUAAGAAAAUUGGGGUAAGGGACACCCCUAGAAAGGUUGAGUAUUGGCAGAAUGUUUAAAAAGCAGGGAAGGAGGGAAAGAGAUUGAUGAGAUUGAGUAGGUAUUUGAAUGAAAGCCAUAUGGCGCUAUUUACAGGCUGCAGAGAAUACAAUGCCUAAAAAUCCCCAAACCAGCAUGCAGACUCCCAGAGGGAAUACUGCUUCAAUCCCACAAGUCUUUCAACACAUCAAUCUUUGUAGAAAUUGGAUGGCCAAUGAAGCGAAUUCUUGUUUGCGCCAAGAAAUUGUUUUGGUCCCCGUAAACUGGGCUAAGAAUAAGCAGUCAGCAUUACCAAGAGUGUUAAGUAUGUCACAUUUGAUGGACCCUUACCAGGUGGAAGCUUUUUGUGCAGAGAAAUAGAAAUAGAAUCCUCCUGCUAUCGGUUUGGCUGCAACAUUCCAAUGAGGGAUAGGAUCAUUCCAACAGAGAAAGGGGAAAUUUUUUUUCCCCCGUCUCAAUAUUUUAAAAACAAUUCCCAUUGUCACAUUUUGCAAAUCAGGUAACUAAUAUAAAACCUUGGCUUUUCCUUCUUUUUUAUUUUAGAUUGGGGAUAAUCCCUGCCCCUUCCCCCCAAAUCCUGGAAAAUUGACUAAUGUUAAGUGUGAGUAAAAGGUUCCCACCUUUUAUUUGGGAAAAUACUUGAAUUUUUUUUCCUUUUUCUUUUUUGUUUAGUGCUAGGUAGCGUUUGUGAAGAUUUGACCUUGAAAAUGUACAGCUUGGGUAAUGUGAGGAUUGGAAUUACUUUAAACCCUAGUUUAUUUGGACUGGUUUCAAAAUCCCAAGUAGAUUCUUAUAUUGAUUUUCGUUUUCCACAAUGCCGUGGGCCUUGGGGGAAUAAAAAGGCUCUUAAACCCUCAGGUUUUUAACUUGGAGAAAUGGGCAAUUUGCACCUUUUAGGGAGCAACAGGCUGUUAAGAAUUUCAAAAUAAACUGCUCAAGAAAGUGUACCCAUCAGUGAUUGUAGCGAGACCAUUAUUUAAGGUCGCCCAGUGCCAAAGAGAAGUAGGCUUCUGUAAGCGCAGAAUGUCCUGUAGGCCAAUUUGCAGGGGAGCAUUUUUACUGCUCUUCCUUCAGCCGUUGCUCAGCCCACUUGCUCCUCAACCUCCUUGAAUCCAUGGCACCUUUCAGUUGGCCAUCAUCUUGGGGUCUUGUUGUGGUUAUCCACACACCCAUACCAUUCACGCUAAUGCAAGCGUGUUCCCGAGCGUGUGUUUGUGCACCGAACUGAGCUUCGGCCCGGCUCGCCAAGCGUAGACUGACGACACUUUUUAAGCAGGAACUUACGACUCGUCCAUUUUGACGUGAUCCUAAAUCAGGAAAUAUUUAAAUGACAAAUUACUCAAAUGUGUUUCGUCACUGCACAUUUGUGUGUAUGCUUGUGUGUAUAAAAAAUUGGAAAAAAAAUGUCCAUGCUAAUGUCUCUAUAAAUGUUCACGCAUCCUGUCUAUAUAUGUGGGUCUAUUUUCAAUAUGCAGAUAAUAAAGAUGGGGGAAGGUUUCUGUUUUUUUCUUAAUAGGUGAAGAAAUCUUGAAGACCCGAGAUUGGAUCUUAUUGUUUUGGCUUUUUGUUUUUGUUUUUGUUUUUUGUUUUUAAAGUAAUUGGUCGUCUUUGGAAGAUGGAUCUUCUGUUUUGCAGCCCGUUUGGGUUUCAAGUUCAUCUUUAAAUGAACUGUUGGGUUUUUUUGUUUGAUUGGAUUUUUUUUUUUUUUAAAGAAAAUUAAACCUGGCUCUCUCCAGUCUGACAGAGCUUAUUGAAAUGGACUCAUCCUUCCAGUAGCUGGGAGAUGUUUAAAAAGUGCAGCCUGUAUUUGACUUGUGGCUGAGAGGUGUUUCCUUGGCAGUGUGAGGAGGAAAAUUCGUCCUCCCCCUUUAUUAUUAAUUCAUGGAUUGAGUGUUGGUUCGACCUACAGGAGUGAUAAAUUGGAACUCAUUGAAGAUAGACACUGCUGUUGGGGUCAGCCAGAUGUGUUUCUUUUAAAGAAGAUUUCAUUGGUUGAAUUGCCUGUGGAAGAUUGAUACCAUUGGAGAAGAACUAAAGCUGAAACCCAUCCAGAGAAAUCAGAGGGUUUGAGCAGCCCUUGAUCUGGGGUUCUGGCCAGCAUGUCUAAUCAGGGAGAGGACUGCUACUUUUUUUUCUAUUCAACAUGUACCAAGGGAGACAGCUGCCCGUUCCGUCACUGUGAAGCCGCGCUAGGAAAUGAAACGGUUUGCACAUUGUGGCAAGAAGGACGCUGCUUUCGGCAGGUCUGCCGGUUCCGGCACAUGGAAAUCGAUAAAAAGCGCAGUGAGAUUCCUUGUUACUGGGAAAAUCAGCCAAUGGGAUGUCAGAAAUUGAAUUGUGCUUUCCAUCACAUUAAAGGACGUUAUGUUGAAGGUCUUUUCCUACCUCCAAGCAAGACUGUGCUCCCCAGUGUGCCCGAAGCAGCGGAUGAGGAGGUGAAGACAGCCCCGCUCUCUCUCCCGCAGAACAAGCUGUCUGUCCAGUCGAACCCCUCCCCUCAGCUGCGGGGUGUGAUGAAAGUGGAAAGUUCCGAAAACGUUCCCAGCCCUACCCAUCCCCCGGUGGUGAUCAACGCCGCGGAUGACGACGAAGAUGAUGACGACCAGUUUUCUGAGGAGGGCGAUGAAGCUAAAACGGCCAUCCUACAGUCAACUCCCGAAGCCCAUAAUGGAUUGCGGAUAACUGCUACCCGGAAACCUGGGGUCAACCUGAAGCAAUCUGAUGGUUUGAAUUUUGGAAUAAAAACCCUCGAAGAAAUCAAAUCCAAGAAAAUGAAGGAAAAAUCCAAGAAGCAAGGUGAAGGUCCAUCAGGAGGGUCCGUUCACGUCCUCCAAACCCAUCCUAUUCCAGGCCCCGAGAAGGAGAAUGUCCGGACCGUUGUGAGGACGGUGACCCUGUCCAGCAAGCAAGGAGAAGAGCCCUUGGUUCGACUGAGUCUUGCUGAGAGAUUGGGGAAGCGGAAAUUCUCGAUAGGUGACGGUGCACCUCCAGUGAAGCGCAGUCUUGCUCAAAGACUUGGAAAGAAGGUUGAAGCUCCGGACGUGGACACUGAGCAAGUUUCCCCGAAAGGACAGGCCGCUAAGACCGGAGAGAUCCGUGUGAAGACGCUAGAAGAGAUCCGUCUCGAGAAAGCCAGCCAGAGGAGAGAUCAGCAAGCCAAAGCCAAGAGCGAAGGGCCCGGUAGAGCCGAGGAUCCCAGCCCGGGAUCCAGGGGCGGUUCGGCAAUCCGAAUUAAAACCUUCUCCGAGGUCCUGGCUGAAAAGAAACACCGGCAGCAGGAGGGCGAGAAACAGAAAACGGAGCAAGAAAGCCCCCCGACCAAGCCGAGAGGCGAGGGUGAGCCCAAGAAGCAGGUGAUCCAGCUUCCCUCCCCCGCUGGCAGAGGGCAGCCCGAGGAGCCCGUAGGCAAGGCCAAGCCCGCGCCGGAAGUCCGCGUCAAAACCCUGGAGGAGAUCAAGCGAGAAAAGGCUCUGAGGGGGCAGCAGAGCUCCGAGCCCGCCGCGGCCCAGGCCCGGCCCGAAGCCACCUCGGCCGGGAGGAGACCCCUCCGCCUCGCCAAGAGAGCAGGUGCCAAGGAAGAGAGGAAACUCCGUGAAGCAGGCGACUCCUCCUCUCAGAACGGCAGUCCGAGGUUCGAGGCUCUGGAGGUUUCUCCCCAACCUUCAGGAGAGCCCUUGGCUGAUGCCCCUUCUCAAGUCCAGGUGAAAACAUUUGAGGAAAUCAUGAGAGAGAAGCGCCUGCAGAAACUGCAGGAGGCAGAAGCCUCACAGAAGGAGAAGGCCGCAGCCGUAAACCCCCGGGAAGAAGCCACGGGCAAGAGCGCCGCAGCGGUGGAGAAGCCCAAACCCACCCCCGUUCCGGGGGUGCCCCGCCAGCAGACGAAGAGGCCGCCUACGAGGCCGCCCCAGAAAACAGAAGCGGAAAACCCCAGCGCCGAGGAAGCGGUGUCGAACGCGAAGUGUGCAGCCCAGUCCCUGGAGAGGAGAGGCAAAGCCAAACCCAAGGUGAACGUGAAGCCAUCCGUGGUCAAGACGAUCGCGGCCCCCAAGCUCGCAACUAAACGCAAGGCGGCAGAGAGUCACCCUGCCGUCGUUGCGGCCGUGAAGCCCCUCAGCUCCAGCGGCGCCCCGCCCGAGAGCCUCUCCAAGAAGGCGGCCGUGGCUGCCGGUCCCAUUCUUUCGGAUGACAAACCGGUCCCGGCGGUCGAGUCCGAGAAACGCAAGGACAGUCCCCAGCUGCCUCCGAGCCAAGCCCCUCCAGCUCUCCCAGCCCCCGAAGUGUCGAGCCCCACCUCCUCGCAGGCCCCAGCGGCGAAAACCCGCCGCCUUAGCUCCGCCUCCUCAGCUGGGAAGACCCCCGUUUCCGUGGAGGAUGACUUCGAGAAACUCAUCUGGGAGAUCUCGGGGGGCAAACUGGAGGCCGAGAUCGACUUGGAUCCCGGCAAGGAUGAAGACGACCUCCUGCUUGAGUUGUCUGAGAUGAUUGACAGCUGAGGGCAGCGGCCCCUAUCUCUCAUGUCCCCCGUCUUCUCCCCCCAACUCCCCCCCCCCCCAAAAAAAACUGCACCCUUAUAUUUUAUCCAUUUUAGCAUCUCCCUUAAAGUUGCCCUUUUUCCAAGACAGGCCAGGCCCCAGAUUUUAAAGUACACCGCAGCAGCGUCUGCCCUUGGACCGAUUUCCCAUCGGCGGGUCCGUUUAGCCAUCGUGGCAGUUGGAUGCCGCGGGCUCUGAGCUUCUUCGGGAUAAAGUGAAUGGCUUUAUUACAGUCCAGAAGUUAAAGGGGGUGAAGAGGGGACACGAGGGAGUCUUGUACAUCAUUGUAGUUUUGCCCCGUUUCUUUGGUUUUUACUUGUUUCGUGUAUGUGCGCUUUGUCUUAACUCGCUUAGGGCUCCCUGAAUUAAAAAGGAAGGAGACAGCUGUUACCAUUAGGGACCAAACUUCAUGCUGCCCAUGAGCAGAGUCUUCCCAGCCUGUGCUACCCUGUCCCUUUUUUUGUUGGGUUUUUUUUUCCCCCCGUUAUUUUCAUGUGUUUAAGAUACUCGUUUAACCGGAGAGGUGCCCAGCGGCUCCUGGGAGGAAGCGUGUCGGACUGGGCCGGACACCUCCUCUGCCUUCCCCUUCCCCUGCCCAAGUCUUACUUUACGGUAGCUGUUGCCGCCGCUCCUCCGACCGUCCCGGAGGAGCGUCGGACGACGGAUUCGUAGGAUAAAAAGCAACCGCCUCGAAAAGUGCCUCGGACGUCCCAGGAACCGCUCGGCUGCCAGCGCUCCCCCGGAUCCUCCGAUCGCGUCGGGGCCGGGCCGAAGGAAGGUUUCCCCACCUGCCUCGUCCACCCUCCGGAUUCUCUGCUGCGGUCGAGGCAGCGGCCAACCUGGAAGAGCGGGACACCUCCCUGGCCCCUGACCUCAGCAGCCCCCGACCCCCGUGCUCUCCGUUUCCGGCCCCCGACCGCCGAGGAAGGCGCGCGAGCCGCAGGCUGCCCGUCCGAGGCCGUGCCGUGGCAGUCGAUUGAAUCCCGGUGGAGCGAGGGGCGGAAAGGCUCGGAGAGGUGCCGGAGGCCGGGUCUUGCCUACCAGCCACCUCUUCCCACUCCUCCGAAGCCGCCCCCCCCCGUCUGAGGAUUGAACUUCCCGUUUCCGUCGUCGGUCCGUUAUCACCUCAAGGCGUAUGCUAGGAAAGCGUACUCAGACCUGCGUUCUCAGAAGGAGAAAUACGACGUUGUAAAUAUUUGUGCGCGUUCAGUCUUUUGAAGAGACAGACAGGCGUGUCUCAUUUUGAUAACUCCCCGUGAGCGGAGUCUCGGUUCCCAGGGGGUAAACUGAGCCACCGCCAUCGACUCCUAAAGAACUGCUGUUGUAGGCAGCUCAUCGUGAGGGGAACUCGAUGGAAUCUCGCGAGAGAGCAGGAAGCAGAUCAGAAGACUUCCGCCUUGGCGAGGCCCGUUCGCUUUCGCGUAACGUGGUGACUCUCCAAGAUCUAUAAAUAAAAUGUGUAUAUAGAGGCGUCCGUCGGCGGGGCGGGGGAGCCUGGAUGAAGGGAUGGCCCUUCCAAAAGACAGCGCAUGGAACAUUUUCAGGACCAGCUUCCCCCUUCCUCUCCCGCCAUUUCACGCUUGGGACCCGAGCCUGCCGAUCUCAUCUCCCUUUUGUAAAUAACUAUUUUAUUCUCGUUUUCUAAGAUUUUGUUUGUAUCCUAUUUAAGGCACUUGUAUUAGUCUGUGGAUCGGAAUCACUCACGUUCAGCGUUACUUGAACUGCCGACUGCUACAGAGAAGAAUAUACUUAAUUUGUGUUUGGAAUAAAAACCAGUGUAAGCGAU